UGGUAAGAGUAUCGAAUGGGUUUGACGAACGUAGUCGUGGGAAGUGGGUGUCGCUGUCUAGCCGACGUCACGUAUCUACUGAUCUUCGUUGCUCGCUGGCAAUCCGUUAGUCGGGCUGACGGUCCAGGACUUUUCUCGUUUAUUGCUUCGUUAAGUUGGCACUGGCAAGUGGGCCGUGUUUUAGCAGCGUUAAGCGUUUUGUUCGGCUGAUUUCUGUUACGGGCUGUCGAGGCAGCUUUAUUUCGUUCCCAUAGUCAGAUAUGUGUAAGUACAUUUUUUUCUAGCUGCUAGAGCCUCGGCUUCUCGUUCCCGUGCUGGGCCGGGGGCGAAGAAAAUCCUCUCGGCAUUUUCUUAGGACGGGAGAAAUAGUUCUAUCAGAUCGAUAAUAUAGCGGACCGUUUGACAAAGGCCGGAACGACUCUUGCGCUUCGAGAUGACAUUUACGGAGUAGGGCGUACCGAUGUAUUUCGGAUGCCAAUUUAAUGAUUUACAAUAGAUUAUUACAUUUACCAAAAUGAUAGGUGGUUUGUUUGUUUAUAACCACAAGGGAGAAGUCCUUAUAUCCAGAGUGUAUAGAGAUGACAUUGGACGCAAUGCCGUGGAUGCAUUUCGCGUCAAUGUUAUCCAUGCGAGACAACAGGUACGAUCACCAGUAACAAACAUUGCCAGAACCUCGUUUUUUCAUAUCAAGAGAGCCAACGUUUGGCUCGCCGCUGUCACAAAGCAAAAUGUCAAUGCUGCCAUGGUAUUUGAAUUUCUUCUUAAAAUUAUCGAAGUCAUGCAGUCAUACUUCGGUAAAGUUUCAGAGGAGAAUAUUAAAAAUAAUUUUGUUUUGAUUUACGAGCUUCUCGAUGAAAUUCUUGACUUUGGUUAUCCUCAAAACUGCGACACCGGAGUUUUGAAGACUUUUAUUACUCAACAAGGUGUAAAAUCUGCAACAAAAGAAGAACAAGCGCAAAUAACCUCGCAAGUUACAGGACAAAUUGGAUGGAGAAGAGAAGGCAUUAAAUAUCGUCGCAAUGAACUUUUCUUAGAUGUAUUAGAAUAUGUUAAUUUAUUGAUGAGCCCACAAGGACAAGUACUCAGUGCCCAUGUUGCUGGGAAGGUAGUAAUGAAGUCAUAUUUGUCGGGUAUGCCCGAGUGUAAAUUUGGAAUUAACGAUAAAAUAGUGAUGGAGUCCAAAGGCACGAAAGGUGGUGGAGGAUUGGGAAACGUCAACGAUGAUACUACUGGUUGUCGUGCUGGUAAACCCGUUGUUGUAAUCGACGAUUGCCAGUUUCACCAGUGCGUUAAACUUUCCAAAUUUGAGACAGAACAUUCUAUUAGUUUUAUACCGCCGGAUGGAGAAUUCGAAUUAAUGAGGUACCGAACAACGAAAGAUAUUUCAUUACCUUUCCGUGUGAUUCCGUUAGUCAGAGAAGUUGGACGUACUAAAAUGGAAGUAAAAGCUGUGCUUAAGUCAAAUUUUAAGCCAUCUCUGCUGGGACAGAAAAUUGAAGUACGCGUGCCAACGCCAUUAAAUACAGCCGGAGUACAAUUGAUCUGCUUAAAAGGGAAAGCGAAAUACAAGCCUGCGGAAAAUGCGAUUAUAUGGAAAAUCAAACGUAUGGCGGGCAUGAAGGAGACUCAGCUUUCGGCUGAAAUUGAUUUGCUAGAUACUGACACAAAGAAAAAAUGGACUCGCCCUCCUAUAUCCAUGAACUUUGAGGUACCUUUUGCUCCAUCAGGUUUCAAGGUUCGAUAUUUAAAAGUUUUUGAAUCGAAGUUAAACUAUUCCGAUCACGAUGUAAUUAAAUGGGUCAGGUACAUUGGCCGAAGUGGUCUCUACGAGACAAGAUGCUAAUACUCCGAAUGAUUCGUUAAUAGUAAGCGAGUAAUCUCAAUACAAAAAAUGAAAUAUGGUUUUGCUAUGAUUAUGUAAGCUUGUAAAAGCAAGUCCGGAAUUAUCAUUGUAUCUUAUUUCAUAAAAGAAUGUAUGCUUAACAUUGAUGCCGUAGAGAUAUGCACUUAUAGUUAAUAGUUUUACUUUGCUUUAAGCGGGAAAUUAAUUAGAAAAGAAAAUGUAAUAUUUUUGAGAUUAUGUUUCAAUAUGACCAAGACAAACAGCUAUUAAGAAAAUAUUAGCUGAAUAGUUAUUAAGUUGUAUGUAUUUUGUAACAUCGGAUGUAACUCUUGAUAGUAACUGUUACUGAAUUUUUCAAUAUGAGGAUGUUUGUUAGGUGUGGCUCUCUGUCGAAUAAAGGGUGAGGUUUUUGUC